AAAAAAAAAAAGGGAAAGAAAGAGAUCAUGCGAUGGAACUGUUUUUGGCAUCGACGACCUGAGAGAAGACCCAAAAAAAAGAGACAGAAAUCAUCGAAACAACAGCAGGUUCAGUGCAAAGGUCAGAGUCUCUGAUAAUUGAAAUUCCUACGUCCAACACCUGUUGACCGUUUUCUCCAGCUAUCCAGUUUCUGCCCCGAUCCGAUCGCAUAAACCCUAAGGCUCUUCCCUUCUCGACAUUCAAGACGGAGCCUUGAUUUAAUGUUCAAUUUCGAUUCAAAGAGAGAGAUCGGCCUUAUUUUAUAACGAAUAAAAAAAUAAACAUGAUGCAGAGACGGAGUCCACCGAAGCACAGGCACGAUGGAACUUCGCCACUGCCUCUCGGGAUGGAUUGGAGUCCUUCCCCUCGUAAAUGGAAUGGGAGGGAAACUGUUUGGCCGCAUGAUUCUCGAACAGGAUGGAGUUACUGUGUUACAAUACCUUCUUGGGUUGUCCUUCCAAAAUCAAGAGAUUCAGAUCCUGUAGUGUUUUACAGGGUACAGGUUGGGGUACAAUCAGCAGAGGGUGUUACAACUACUCGUGGAGUAUUGAGAAGAUUUAAUGAUUUUUUGAAGCUAUUUACUGAACUAAAAAGGGCAUUUCCCAAGAAAAGUCUUCCUCCUGCUCCACCCAAGGGGCUGUUGCGAAUGAAAAGCAGGGCUCUGUUGGAAGAGAGAAGGUGUUCAUUGGAGGAGUGGAUGACAAAGCUGUUAUCUGACAUUGAUUUGUCAAGAAGUGUUUCAGUGGCAUCCUUUCUGGAACUAGAAGCUGCUGCGAGGUCUUCAUUCCAAGAUGUAAAUGAACACUCAUCAGAAAUGAAUGUUGCUGGAAAUAGCACAAUUUCAUCAAAUAACAUUCCUCCCAGUUCAAGCAUAUCUCAUCUUGCUGGUAGUUCAUCAGUCACAUCAGAUUAUGGUAGUGAUACUGCUUAUGAGGCAUCUGAGCUUGGGACACCUAGGUUAGUGAGAGAUGACAGCUCUGAAAUUGGUUUGGGAGAUCUGACAUUGGAUGAAGAUUUUACAGGUUCAAUAGAAAAACUGGUCAAGUAUGGUAUGUCCAACAUUGAUGAGGGACUAUUUAUGGGACAGACAAUUUUGGAGCAGCUAGACGAUUUUCCUAGGCAUAAAACACACCCGAGAAACAUCAAUAAUAAUUUGGGAAGAGAUACUUGUAAUGGAAAUGGGUCUAUAGCUUCAUUUCUUGCAGGUAAUGGAUUGGAACUCUUUUCUGAGCCAGAGCCAGCUAAGAUGACUGUUCAUGCUCGAAAGCUAUCGACUGAAAGUGUUGGAAGUGAUGCAAGUUCAUUGAGAGGUAGUGACAUGUCCAGCUCUAUGAUUCCAAAUUCAUCUGUUGAUGGCCCUCUUGAUCUUCCUGGAACUGCCGAAGUAUUAAAUACCAUGGGAACUCUUGGAAACUCGGAUUCUCAGUUCUCUGUUGAUGCACAAAUAGUCCUUCCAUUGGAUCAGCAUCAUAAGAUGAACAGGAUUCUUUUGACCAUGCAGCGGAGACUAGUCACUGCAAAAACUGACAUGGAGGAUCUUUUUGCAAGAUUAAAUCAAGAAAUAGCAGUGAAAGAUUAUCUAAUGACAAAGGUUAAGGAUUUGGAAGUGGAACUUGAAAGCACCAAACAGAAAAGUAAAGAAAACCUGCAGCAAGCUAUCCUGAUUGAAAGAGAAAGGUUUACACAAAUGCAGUGGGAAAUGGAAGAACUUAGGCGUAAAUCAUUGGAAUUGGAGUUGAAGUUGAAUCCUGAACAGAAUGAGAGGCAAAUAACAGAGACAAGCAACCAGUCUUCUGCUGAGGAGAAAGAUACAAUGCUGCAAGAGUUAAAUGCUACUAAGGAGCAGUUGAACAAAAUAUCAAAGCAAUAUGAAGAGCUAGAGGCAAAAUCAAAAGCAGAUAUUAAAGUUCUUGUUAAAGAGAUCAAGUCUCUCAGGAAAUCCCAAAAAGAACUGAAGCAGGUGGUUGCUCAAUCACUGUCUGAAAAAUCUGAAGCUGAGGUACAACGAGAACAGGAAAGACAAAUCAGAAAGCAUGUGAGAACUGCUAGAGAAAAGCUGCUAAAUGAAUGCCAGCUUCUUCAUCAUCGACUUCUCGAAUGCAAUGUGAAUUUGUCUUCAGAUGAUGAAAAUUUAAUCAAAGAUACUUCUUUAGUUGAAGAUGCAUUGGAUUUGUUGACUACAUCUGAUGAUAAAAUCACUCUCCUACUUGCAGAGGCGCAACUAUUAGACAAGGAAGAUAGCAAAGCCACUGGGGAUAUCGAUGGCAUACAUGACCACUAUGAUACUAGAAUGGAUGAUGAGUUAAGGAAGAUCAUGGCAGACAUCUUCACCAACAAUGCUAAAUUAAGAAAGCAGGUGAAUUCUUACCUACGGCAUAGGCUCAAAUGUGAUAUCAUGUCAAAGAAUAAUGACAAGGAAUUAAACAACUCUUCAGAAAGAUGAAAUGGCGUUUGUAUAUUGUAAUUCUUCUAUCUUAUAGAGGAUGAUAAGGCAGAACCUGCAGUCUCCAUUACAGUUCCUUGUAAACUAUCACACGCUGCUUUAAUUGCAUGAUCUCAACAAUUGUACUUGUGAAUUUUGUGGUUAUGCGUACACGGUAACGUAGAGAAGAUGCCAUGUUAUGACACAGUGGUAUUCUAUAUUUUAGUCACUUGAAUAACAAGGAGAAAAAAUGAAAGCAAAAGCAGCAGAGUUAGAUGUGUUUA